AUGAAUAUUUUUGAAAAAUCAAAAUGUUGUGUAUGCUAAAAGGUUCUUCAAAUAUUGUAAUUAAGUAAAAUCAUAAUUUUAGGCUUAUGCGUUUCUUUAGCAAAUGUAAAAGGUGUCAUUAAGAUGUUUGUCUCUCUUGUAGUAGCAAUCGAAUAAAGGUAAUUCAAUAUUAUUUACAAAGUUAUAUUCUAUACCAAAUGAAAUGGUGAAAGAGUUAGAUAAACCAUAAAGAGUUUGUGAUAAUUGUUACAGAGAUUAUCUAUAUUAUCAGGAUUUAAUUAACUAAUACAAAUUAUAAUGGAAUACUAGAUCACUUCUCAUGAACAAAUUAUUGGGUAAUAAAAAAGGAAAAAUUAAAAUAUAAUAACCUCUUGAGUUUUAUGAAAAACAAAAUAUUGAAAAAGAUAUACUUACUGGAAGAUCAGAUUCUCAUCUAUUAAAUUAUAGCAUAAGAGAAUUUGUAACACAAUGUUAAUAAGGAUUAGAACAAUAAUAAAUUAGAAAUUCAAUUAUUCGUGUUUUAGAAUUAUUUGUAGCUCAUAAUCCAACUAUUGGAUAUUGUUAAGGAAUGAAUUACAUUGCAAUUAUUUGUUUAUGUAUAGCAGAUGAAGAAGGAGCCUUUUUUCUAAUGAAUCAUCUAUUUAAUGUGAUUAUACCUCCAAGAUUCUUCUCAAAUUCAUCAGGAGCAUCUUUAAUUGGUUAUUAAGCUGAAAUUAAUUUUCUUAAAGAAAUGAUAAGUGUUAAUGAUUUUUAAAAUAAAGAAAUCUUAAUCCAAUUUAUUGAACUUUAAGGACCAUAAUUAUUAUUAACUUUAAUGAUAUAAGUGCUUAAUAUAAGUUCAUUAUUAGUCACUUGGAUUCAAAUGUUCAAAAUUAAAUCCUUUGUUCCUAUUGACAAGGUUCUACUGUACACAUUAAAUAUAACUACAAGAGAUAUUGAUUUCAUGCAGCCUAAAAUUUUGAAUAAUAUAGGAAAAUGUAUUUAUAUGUUCCUAUUAAAUACAAGUUGUUCAUUAUGCCAAUUUAAUUGAACUAUUUCAAAAGGAUGAAAUAUACUUUACAAAAUUUGAAAGAACUUUAUAUAUUGAAUAAUAUUACUCAAAAACAAGUAGAUCAUGGGUGUAAAAUGAUCCUAUUAUCUUAAAUAAAUUAAAAAAAAUCUCAAAUCUUGAUAUAGAUGAGAUUACAACAUUAUAAACACAGUUCAAAAAGUAUUGUUUAGAGAAAAGAACUAUUUCAAUAGAUUAAUAAUAAAGAUAAAGUUUGAAAUAAUUAGCAUAAUUAACUGAUUCAUCUGAUGAAGAUGCAGAUGAUUAAUAUAGAGAGAUUUUAAUAAUAUAAUCAUUUAAACUCUAAAAAUAUGGAAUCAAUAUAGAUACAUUUCUUUAUUUUAUGGUAAUAUCAUCAGUUAUCUAUAUAUAAAUAGGAGAUAUUUUUACGAAAAGAGUGCUAACAUUAUUCUUUAGAUUAAGAAAAAUUGUAGUUAAUUUUUAACUUAUUUGAUGAAAAUAAAUCAGAACUCUUAGAUUUUAGAGAAUUUCUAAUCUGUUUAACCAUUUUAUUAAGAGGAUCUUUUGCCGAUAAAUUUAAGAUGCUUUUCACUGCUCAUACAUAAAAUAUCUUAAAAUUUUAAGAUUUUGAAACACUAUUAUCUUUACUUAUACCCUAAGAUAUAUAAUAAACAAUAGAGUAUAAGGAAUUUUUAUAGAGAAUAGUUCAGCCUUAUUUCACUUACUUUGAUAUGUUGAAAGUAUUAAAAGAUCCCUUGAUUGUUCAGAUAGAAAUAUAGAAUGAGAAAAAUAAACAUAAGAUUAAGAAAUUAAAUUCAUAUAUAGGUAUUAUAGAUUAAUGA